AUGUUGAACUCGUCUCGUGAAAAUUCGACGAUCAAUAUUGGUUACAAUCAGGACUACGAGUGCAGUAUACAGGUGAAUCGUUGGUUCCUGAAGCCAAUAGGGGCCUGGCCCAGGACAAACGAAUCCACUGGUACCGAUAGGUUCCUUGUGAAACUGUUGAAUCUCGUCUGCCAUUCGUUGAUCGUCUUUACGUUUGCGCCAUGCGCGUUGUUCAUCCUGUUCGAAGACACGAACUUGGAAGUGAGAAUGAAUGCGAUCGGUCCGAUGAGUCAUUGGCUGAUGAGCGAGCUGAAUUACUGCUGUUUGCUGUUAAGGGCGAAUGACAUUCGUAGCUGCUUGAAGCACAUGGAGAACGAUUGGAAGGUGGCGAGGCAACCGGAGCAUCGCGAAAUGAUGCUUGAAAAUGCAAAGUUCGGUCGUUUCAUCGCGUGCAUCGCCGCGCUGUGCAUGAACCUCGGCGUCUGCUCGUACACCAUAAUCACGGGCUUUCGAAAAACGGUGUUUCACGUCGGUAACGAAACUCUUUCGAUGUUUCAAUUACCAUGCCCAUUUUACACGAAACUGUUGGACGUCAGAUUCAGCCCGGUCAACGAGAUUGUCCUCGGCAUGCAACUGAUGUCCGUCUUCAUCGCCAAUUCCGUCACGGUUGGUGCAUGCGGUUUGGCUGCUGUGUUAGCGACCCAUGCCUGUGGUCAGCUAGACGUAGUGAUGUCUCGUUUGGAUAAUAUGGUGGAUUCGAGAAAGGGACAGACUUCUGAUAGCAAGUUGGCUUAUAUCGUGGAACAUCAUUUACACGCGUUAAGUCUUGUAUUGCGUACAGAAAAAGUGAUGAAUCUUAUAUGUCUCGUUGAGUUAGUGGGAUGCACGUUGAACUUGUGCCUACUUGAUUAUUAUUUUCUUACGGAAAAGUCAAAGGAAACCUUAGCCAUAUACGCUAUUGUAUAUGUAUCGAUGACAUUUAAUAUCUUUAUAUUUUGUUAUAUCGGCGAGAGGAUCACGGACCAGUGCACGAAGGUUGGCAAAAGAGCGUACAUGACGAAUUGGUAUUGCUUACCUCACAAGACUGCCGCUGGUUUAAUCCUAUUAAUCUCAAGAUCAAGCAUGGUGACCAAAAUUACUGCCGGCAAAUUAGUCAAUAUAUCUCUCGCAACUUUCGGCGACGUAUUUAAAACAUCUUUUACAUACUUCAACAUGCUUCGCACGGUUGCAAUGUAGACUGAUACAUUGUUGAGAAAAAAAAGAAACAUUAUUUACGUGUAUAAACUCGUAUAGGUUCGUAAAAACGAAAAAGAAUACAUUCUCGUUGCUGUAUGUUAAACUACGAGUAACUACGAAUAAACUACGAACAGUGCGGGCAUUAAAGUCACCCUCCAAAACGGCGGUUUCGUCGUUUACGAUGAGAUUUUCACUUCGAACUCCACCUUUUUCAUGUAAACGAUUUAAAUCGCGUUUUCUUUCCUUGUCCCCCAUCUCCCCCAAAAAAUACGCCACAAUAAACGAGAAAACGAAGAUCGCUCCUUGUUUUCUGACCGCG